AUGGCGGCCGAAGUCCGCCGCUCCAACGGCACGCGCCUCGAUGCGUCCCUCGGCAUCACUGAGCGCAUCGCGUCGAGCAUGGUCGCUUGGACUGGAGACAUGCGCAAGAGAUAUACCGACUUUCAAGUCUACGAAAUCAACAAAGAUGGUUCCGUCCUCCAUCUCACAGAAACACGCCUUCCCCCGCCGCCAAAGGAGAACACGCCGCCUCCACCAGCACCUCCUGCACCUGCUGCUCCUGUAGUGGAAGAGAAGAAGGAAGAAGAGCCGAAGCCAGAAGAGCCAUCACAAGAUGGAGAAGCCGCUGAGAAGCCCGCCGCUGUAAUCCCCGAAGUCCCCGCCGAGGACAUCGCGCUCCUCGCCUCCCUCACAAACGACGACUUCGCCAACCAGCUCGUGGCCAUCUACAAGACGAUAUCCGCCGACAAGACGGCAAAAACCGAGCCCGUCACGUCCCCCGUCAUGGACGACAAGGACAAGCGUUCCCAGCUCCACCAAAAUGUCCGCCGCAUCUUCAACUCCACCAUCGACACCACCACCGAUCCCACGGGCGCUAUCGUCGCUCGAGUCCCGCCCCCUCGCGGCAAGGGUAAGGGCGUUCGCGGUGGCCGCGACAACAACCGCGAAAACAAUAAGCAGAAGAAGAAGCAGCCCAAGGCCGUGGCCCCCGGCGAGGGCGAGUACCUCCACUUCACCCUCUACAAGGAGAACCGCGACACCAUGGACGCCCUGCACCAAAUCUCCAAGGCCCUCCGCAUCAAACCUCAGGCCAUCGGCACGGCAGGCACAAAAGACCGCCGCGCCGCCACCACGCAACGCUGCUCCGUCCGCGGCCAGCGCGCAGACGCCCUCCUCCGCGCCCGCCUCUUCGGCGUCACCGUCGGCGACUACCGCUAUGCACAUGCUCCCAUCCACCUCGGCGCCCACAGGGGCAACGAGUUCGUCAUCGCCCUCAAGGACUGCCUCGUCGCCGGCAACCCCGACCUGCCCCCCGCCGACCGCUCCUCCCAGAUCCGCGCCUCCGUCGAGGCCGCCAUGGCGAGCAUGCACAACCCGGGCUGGAUAAACUACUUUGGCCACCAGCGCUUCGGCACCCAUGCCAUCGGCACCCACGAGGUAGGCCGCUUCCUCCUGCAGGGCGACUUUGAAGCCGCCGUCAACGCGAUUCUCUACUACGAUGAGGCCAUUGCCCAGCGCGCCCUCGCAGGCGAAGUACCGGAUCAAGGCCACGCCCGCGACGAGCUGAACCGCCACCGCGCCUGCAAGGUCUUCCGCGACGGCGGCUCCGCAGAGGAAGCCCUCUCCCACCUGCCCCGCCGUUUCUCCGCUGAGGCAAGCCUCAUCCGCCAUCUCGGCCGGACCACCGCCCCGUCCCGACGAGACUUCAACGGCGCCCUCACGAGCAUCACCCGGGGGCUGCGCAACAUGUACCUCCACGCCUACCAGUCCUACGUCUGGAACCACGCCGCAAGCCACCGCUGGCGCCUCUACGGCAAGAACGUAGUCGAAGGCGACCUCGUCCUCGACACUUCUUCUGCCGACGCGGACGUAGACAACGAAGGGGGAGACGACGACGCAGACUCCUCCGCCGCCCCAGCCCGCGCCCUCACCGCCGAAGAAGCCGCCUCCGGAACCUACACCAUCCACGACAUCGUCCUCCCCUCCCCGGGUCACGCCGUCGCGUACCCGACCAACGCCAUCGGCCAGUUCUACACCACCUUUAUGCGCGACAACGGCGGCCUCGACCCGCACGACAUGCUCCGCCGCCACCGCGAAUUCAGCCUGCCGGGAGCGUACCGCAAGGUCGUCGUGCGCUUCCUCUCGGAGCCCAGCUUCGAGGUCCGCGCGUACGAGGAUGGCGAGGAGCAGAUGCACCCCACCGACAUGGACCGUAUCCGCGCAGCAGCAGCGGCAGCAGCUGGGCGUGGUGGGAAUGGGAAGAAGCGAGGUCGUCAGGAGGAUGAGAAGGCCGAGGAACAGCAGGAUGCUCCGAAAAAGGUCAAGACCGAGGCCGAGACCGGCACGGAGGAGAAGACGGAUGAGCCGAUGCAAGACGCGCCGACGCAGCCCGAAGAACCCAAGCAAGAGCCGGUGCAGCAAGCGGAGACCACCACCGACGACUCGAACGGUAACCCGUCGUCGUCCCCCGAAAAGACAAAGACAGCCGUCGUGGUCACCUUCCAGCUCCCCAAGAGCGCCUACGCCACCGUCGCGCUGCGGGAGCUGAUGGGCGUCGACGAGUCCGAAGUCGCUGCGGCUCCUUCGGCUGCCCCUGCCCCUGCUGCUGUCGUCCCUGUUGCUGUCGUCACUGAGACUGCCGCUGCCACCGAGACUGCCGAGGUCCCAGAGACUUCCGAGACUACAAAUGCGGCAUGA